UUUGAAAUCUCGAUAAGUUAUAACAUUGUUUGGGCCGUUCAUGUAUUGUUUUCAAACAUAUUUUAAAUAUAUAUGUAUGUAUAUCACAAAUAAACUUUGUUGUAAUGGCGAAUGUAUAGAAACAACUUAAACAUCUGGCAAUGGAUCUAUAGCUUCGGUCGCCAUGCAGAAGAGAAAAUAUAAAACAACUUCAAAGCGUUUCCAUCCAACAAUCUAUUUACAACUUGUCUAACUACUUGAAAUGUAUAAGCGCUGGUUGCCUGAUGGAUUGCCUCGACCUGUGGUGGUCCAUUGUUGUGCAAAAAUACUCGCAGUCUAUGUAGCAGGUGGAAGUGCGUACUUGCAUGUGCUUUGACAAACAAGCUAUCAUUGCAUCGGGGAGGUUUAAGAUUUGUAGAAAAGAGGGUUGGGAAAUCAUUGCUUAAGGGGCCAAGGGUGAAGACAAAAACGUCUGAGGCAUUGUUUUGAAGGAAUUUACGAGCGAAUUACUUGGUUUCCCAGCGCGAACUAUGUCAAUACACAUUACAGCCUUAUGAAAACAACUUCAUAAUUGAUGAAUGUUUUUGAAAAUGCACGAAAUCACUGCGAUAGAAGUCAAAGCUGAGCAAGUCUGAAAAAUACAUCACGAUAUAUACGUCUUGUUCUCACGACCCGAACUAUUAGACAAAACUGCCUUGCGAUUAAAAAAAUGGUGCAACACUUCGAGGAAUCGAGAGAGCUCAAAGAUUUGCCUAGAGGGAUCUGCUCAACUAGAUCGAGUGCUUGUUGAAAUUUGAAGAGGGUUGCAUUUGCCGUUCGUCGCAUCUCUAGAAAGAUGUCGAACUUUUCCAGCACAAGCGGCAUAACUCUCGAACCGAGCGAGACCACGAAAAUUAUUAACAUCUUCAACUAUCUUCUUUACACAUUAAUCCUCGUGCUUGGCGUUCCUGGAAAUAUUCUAGUGGUCUGGUCGCUUCUCUCUGUUCGAAAGGAGAAAGUAAAUAAAAGUUACAAGAUACUCGUGAUAAAUCUGGCCAUCAGCGACAUUGUAGUGGUUCUGGCUACGUGUCCAUUUCAAAUAGCCGAGUUGAUCUUACUAACUUUUCCAUUCGGCCGUGCGAUGUGCUCUAUCCUGUGGCCUCUGCAAACAGCAAGUUACGGCGCUGGGGUGUAUAAUAUGGUCUCCCUAAAUGUCCACAGAUAUUACGUGAUAUCCUACCCCACAAGCAGCCGAGCGCUUGGAAGGAUUACGUGUUUUGCUGUUGCGCUGUGCUGGAUGGUGCCAACGCUUAUUACAGCGUUACCUUACGCGAUAAAUCUUCAAUACACGCCUGAGGAGUCGUUAUGUGAAGAAACUUGGGGUGAUCAUACUGCUCAUAGCUACACAAUCUACCUCUUUUCUGUGCAAUACAUCCUACCUCUGUUUGUUAUUGCCACAUUGAACCUGUUGACAAUACGACGACUUAAAAGACGUUACAUGUUCAGGGUGAACUGCGCCCGUCUCUCAGACGACAACCUUCAGGCACACAAAAGAAUAGUGAAAAUGCUUCUUUUUAUCAUCGUCAUUUUCGCAUUGUUUGGUCUACCAGGACAGAUCAUGUGGUUACUGCCGGCGAUCACAGAAAUCAAAGACGACUCCGAUUAUUUAUCGAUACGUUCACUCGUUGACAUUUUCAACUUCAUGUACUGCGUCCUGAAUCCUGUGCUGUUUUUCACCUACAAUAAAGAAUGUUUUGACAGACUAAAGAAAUUUCUAGCUUCGCUGUUCUCCUGCUGCGUUAAAUAUCACUGGGAGAUUUCGUCGCCGAUCGGAACGAGUCGCCACGACGCGGUGACGAAUCUGCUGCCCGCAUCGCGGACAUCUUAUAGUCAGGACACGAGCGGGAGCGACGCCCCGCGGGCUGAUUCAAGAUACGCGCCCGCGCUACCAAAAUGCUUACUGGCGAAACUUGAUGAAGGCUCCUCGAAGGGGACCGCUGAUAAAGUCGAUAAACAGGUGCCCGAUGCGCUUUAUUCGUCGCUUACCGGACUUUAUACCCCGGUUGUUAGUUGCCAUGGUAGUAGUGACGUUGAAAAGCGAACAAAAAGCUCGUCCCAGAUUGUUAAAGUGGCUGGUGACGAGGAGAUAUUUCGGGGAAGUUUUGUGGAGUUGUUGAGAACUAGAAAUAUUACCAAUGACUUGAUGAAGUGUUUGGAGCAGUCGCCAGAGACGGCCAUUGUUGAAGAAGGCGUGCUUGAGACUGGACAUCAUGUAUUAUAAUUGCUUACAUGAAGUAUAGUUUAAAUAUUCAAAAUAUCAUAAUUUGUAAAUAAUUUAAAAAUCAAUAUACAUUUAUGACUGAUUAUCUAAGAAG